GUACUUAACAAAAAUGGAUCUAAAGGUCAACCUCAUGAUCGCACAAAAUGGUGGGAUAAAAAUAAAAAACAUGUAUGGCACGCUAUGUUAUGUGGUUAUAAAGCGGAAAAUAGCAACUAUUAUAUUUCUCUUGAUGAUUGUAAUGCUCCUGAUACUGAUAAUGAUGAUCAAUUUUUGCGUUGGAUGACCGAAUGGUCACGACAGUUUUGUGAAGAAAAAAAAAACAAAACCAUAUCUUUAGAAAAAAACUGUUUAGAUAAUGAUAGAGAUAAAACGAAAUCUGCAGAAAAUAAAUCGUACAAAUUAAAUGAUACUAAAUGUCAAGCGUCAUAUAAUACAUAUAAAGAUUGGAUUCGUAGUAAACAUGAUCAAUGGAAAUCAUGGAAAAAGAAAUACCAAAAAGAAAAAAAAGAACAAAAUGUAAACGUUGACAACACAAUUGGCACUUCCAUAACUGCACCACUAUUAUCAAAACCACAAAAAUCAGAACAAGAUGAUGCUGAAAAAUAUAUAGAAAGUAAAUGUUAUGAAUGCAAU